CUGGCACCCAGGGAUCGCUGAGUAUCUCAGACGGGGGAGAGACCUGUGUAUAAACAACACAGAUCUCUCCCCUGUCGGCUCCUGCACACUGCUUUGUAUGUCUCUGCAUAGCAAAGCCAUACAAAGCAGUGUACUUACAGUGAAGCACACACACAGCCCCCACAGUGAAACAGCACACAGUUAACCUUUUGAUAACCCCAGAUGUUAGCCCCUUCCUGCCCAGUUCUAUUAGUACAGUUUCAGUGCUUUUUAUUAGCACUGAUCACUGUAUUGGUGUCACUGGGGUUGUCAGUGACACCAAGUCAGUUCCCCCCCAGUUGUCAGAAUGCCCGCCGCACUCCCGCUAUAAGUCGCUGA